AUGGAGGAUCUCGCCGCGGUGAUCGCCGCCAAGGCGCGGGCGGCGGCGGCGAAGAUGAGCGAGCUCCAGGGCGUCAUCCCGCCGCUCGCGCGAGGCCAGGCGGUGGACUGGAGCAGGCCGCUGAACGCGGCACCCGAGCCAGAUCCGUCCACGGCUGUGCGCAUGCUCCCGGACGCGACCGGCGACGCGGAGACCUCGAGGCCGACGACGACGACGUCGACGACGACGUCGACGAGCCACAGGGUGAAUGGCGCGCUGGUACCCGUGAGCGGCGCGCACGCCGCCGCGAACGGGACGCAGCUCACGCUCGCCGCGUACCGCGAGCGGACCCUCAUCGCGGAGGCGAAGAAGCGAAAGCGCCGGGAGGGAUCUCGGUGGGCCCCGCUGCUCGUGGACGAAGACGAGGAGUGCCGCGAGGGCCGCCUCCUCGCGUACAAGUCCCGCAUCGACGCGCUCACGUGCGCGAUGGAGAGCCCGGUGCCCAUCGCGAGGAGGCUGCCCCCCGUGAAGGAGCGAUCGCCGAGUCCGCCCCCGCGGUACGAUCGAUCCACGGGCCAGAGGAUCAACACCCGCGAGCAGCGAGUGUUCGACGCGUGGGACACCGAGCGACGCGAGUGCGUGGCCAAGGCGCUGGAGAUGGACCCGCUGUUCAAGCCCCCGGCGGGACACAGGCCCUUGGUGCACGAGCUCCGCCUGUACGUGCCGCACAAGCAGUACCCGGGGUACAACUUUACGGGUCUGAUCAUCGGCCCGCGGGGGAGCACGCAGAAGCGGCUGGAGAAAGAGACGGGCGCGUACAUACGCAUCAGGGGAAGGGAGAUGCACAAGGAGGGCACGCUCAGGCCUCCGCUUGUGGUGGGCGUGGACGAUGGACGCGACGACGAGCUGCACGUGCACAUCAGCGCGGAUACAGUCGAGAAAGUCGACGCAGCCGCGAGGAUGGUCCACCCGCUUCUCACACCGUUGGACCCCGACCAGAACCCGCACAAGCAGAAGCAGCUGCGCGAGCUCGCGGAGAUCAACGGUACCGUGUACGACGUGGGGAGGCUCGAGAAGCAGCGCCUGGCGCAGGAGGAGGAGGCGAAGAACGACUACAAACUCUCGGGCGAGAUGCAGGUCAAGGUGGACGCGAUGUAUCGCAAAGACGUCGCCGCCAAGCUCGCGGCGGAGGGCAAAGUCGUCGACGGCGACGGCGGCAAGGGACUGGACGACGAGUACGAGAACUUCCUCUCGGAGCUGACGGGGAACCUCGGGGAAGGUGCCGUGCCCGGUCACGAGUCGAAACAAUCGGUCACGGCGAAUAACGCGGCGAAGGCGGGCGCUUCGAUUCCCGGGGUGGACGCGGCGACGAUCGCGACGGCGGCGAGGAACCCGUGGGCGCUGCCGCAUCUGCCGUUGAACGUCCCAAACGCUCACGCGACUCCCGUUCACGCGCACCCGCCGAGCGGGCCGGGGUGGGCGCCCGGCGCCGCGCCCGAGCACCUCCGCAAGCGGCAGCAGCCGGCGAUGCCGCCCCCCGCGGGACCAGCCCCAGGCGCCGCGACUUCCUCAAAGCCCGUCGCGACGACGCCGGCCGAGGUUUACAUACCGUCCACGCUCGCGAUCGACGCGAGGCUCGCGCUGAGCGGGUUGUACGGCGCCGGCAUCGCCGCGGCGGCGGCGGUGACAAACUCGGUCGCCGCGCGGCGGGUCGGCGGCUCGGCUGGCGGCGAAUACGGCACAGCUGUGGCUGGCGGGGGUUCCGAGGUGAAGGGUCGCGAGGGCGCCGUCGUCGUUCCCGCGGGGGCUGCCGCGGCGGUCGGGGACGCGAGCGCGGAUGGGGAGAUCCCGGAGGAGGCCGUGGACGACGAGUACGCGCGCAUGAUGGCGGAGCUGGGGGGUUGA